AUGACGUAACAAUAUGUCCCCGGUAGCAUUCACGGCGAGAACCUUCUUUCCUCAGCAUUUGGAAGUAACGAUAGUCAGUCGAGGGAAAUAACAGGGGGAUACAAAAGGGCAGAAGGUGGGGUGGGCUCCAGAUUUUGACAGGAACGCACAGGGACUGCUUCCAAUAACCCGGAGCGAUGUUUUCCCUCCCUACAACGUUUCAACCACAGGUUACAGUGCCACUGACACACCUUAUCAAUGCCCUCCAUUCCAUCAAAACCUCAGCCAGCUCUGCAGCCACAGCAUCUGUGCAGAGUCUGCAAAAGGAUUUCCCACCAGAGCAGGAUCCUCUGCUCAAAGAGCCCACAGUGAGCUUACGGGAGCUGGGCUUGUCUGACCUAGGAGUUGGUCAGCUCAGCGAGCUGGUCAGUAGGCUCCUGCCAAGGUUGGGCCCAGGAGAAAGCCGAGUCCCUGCUCUCCCUCACUACUCUCCCAGCUGGAAAGCAUCACACAUCUCGACCGACUCUUUCUUCAGAAACAAACAUGGGUUCUCCAGAGGAGUGGGGCUGUUCCAGCCUUCAGCAUUCCAUAGACAUGGUUCUAGUCCUCUACAGGCAGUCUGCUCAGAGCUCCAACACUGGCCUGUAUGGGUCCAGCAUCGAGGCUUCAAGACCUUGCGGUCCGGAAAGAGGCGUCUGCAGGCGGGCUAUGAGAGCCCAGUCGAGCCGGAAGGCUAUACUCCAGCCUUUAUAAAGGGUCUGCUGAUGAAGGAGAAAGGCCCAGUGAUAGACAGCGUAGACGGCAUAAUGAAACAGAGGAAUCUGUCUGGCAAUGAGCAAGAUGCCUUUAAAGCCGGCUUCACAGAAGGCUUCAUGAAGUCCCAGUCUUUUACCCAAAGAACACAAGAUUCACUCAGGAGAACACGCUUGAUCCUUCUGGUCCUCCUCCUGGUUGGCAUCUAUGGCUUGGCCAAAACCCCGUUCCUUUCGGGUAAAAGCUCCUUUUCUGAUACUGUGCGCUUCCGCACCACCUCUGGCCUGGAUUCAGCUGUGGACCCAGUCCAGGUGAAGAAUGUGACCUUUGAGCAUGUGAAGGGCGUCGAAGAGGCCAAGAACGAGCUGCAGGAGGUGGUCGAGUUCCUCAGGAACCCUCAGAAAUUCACAGUUUUAGGUGGAAAGCUCCCCAAAGGUAUCCUGCUGGUAGGCCCUCCAGGCACAGGGAAGACGCUGCUGGCCAGGGCAGUGGCUGGCGAGGCUGAUGUGCCCUUCUACUAUGCCUCCGGCUCGGAGUUCGAUGAGAUGUUUGUGGGCGUGGGAGCCAGUCGCAUCAGGAACCUCUUCAAGGAGGCAAAGGCCAAUGCCCCGUGUGUCAUCUUCAUUGAUGAGCUGGACAGUGUGGGUGGGAAAAGAAUAGAAUCUCCCAUGCACCCCUACUCCAGACAGACCAUCAACCAGCUGCUGGCAGAGAUGGAUGGGUUUAAGCCAAAUGAAGGGGUCAUCGUUAUUGGUGCCACAAACUUUGCUGAGGCUUUAGAUAAUGCCUUGAUCCGUCCAGGAAGAUUUGACAUGCAGGUGACUGUCCCUCGUCCAGAUGUGAAAGGACGCACCGAGAUCCUCAACUGGUACUUGAAGAAAAUCAAAAUGGAUGAAGGUAUUAAUGCAGAGAUCAUUGCCAGAGGUACUGUGGGCUUCUCCGGGGCCGAGUUGGAGAACCUGGUUAACCAGGCAGCUCUCAAGGCUGCUGUCGAUGGCAAAGACAUGGUCACCAUGAAGGAUCUGGAGUUUGCUAAGGACAAGAUUCUCAUGGGCCCUGAACGCAGGAGUGUGGACAUCGACGCAAAAAACAAGACCAUCACUGCCUACCACGAGUCUGGCCACGCCAUCGUGGCCUACUACACCAAAGAUGCCAUGCCCAUCAACAAAGCUACCAUCAUGCCCCGUGGACCUACUCUUGGUCAUGUGUCCAUGCUGCCCGAGAAUGACCGCUGGAGCGAGACCCGAGCCCAGCUGCUGGCCCAGAUGGAUGUCAGCAUGGGGGGGCGCGUGGCGGAGGAGCUCAUAUUCGGAGACGAGAACAUCACCACAGGUGCAUCAAGUGACUUUGAUGGAGCCACCAGGAUAGCCAAGAUGAUGGUGACUCGUUUUGGGAUGAGCAACAAGCUGGGGGUGAUGACCUAUGCUGACCUAACAAAGCAGAGUCCAGAGACACAGGCUGCCAUUGAACAGGAAGUCAGGGUCCUGCUACAGGAUUCUUAUGAACGUGCUAAGAACCUCUUGAAGAAAUACAGCAAAGAGCACGAGAAGCUGGCCGAUGCCCUGCUGACCUACGAGACAUUGGACGGCAAGGAGAUAAAGAUGUUGCUGGAGGGGAAGGCCUUAGACCCUAGAUGAUGUCGCCUGCGGAAAAGACUGAUACCAAUGCCCCAUGUGUAAAUAUCUCCCAGUGCAAUUAUGUUGCAGGGAUGACAAAGACUUUUGUUUCUUUUACUUUUUUUUUUUUUUAAACCACUUUCAGCCCAUUUUCUUUAUACUCAGAUGUAGCCAGUUGAUUUGCCCCUAAACAAAAUCUCCUUUCAGGAAUCCAAUUGGCCAUUAACAUCAACUUAAUUCUUUUUAGUUUUUUUUUUUUUUUUUCAGGACAUUCAGGCGUGUAAAAGCUUCUCCAAAUGUCUCACACCUGCAUGGUAAGACGGUGUGCAAAGGAAGGUAGUGGACACUCAUCUCACUCUGCAGUAUCAGAUAUACCUUCAUAGAGAAUCCCAUCACGUAAUGAUGUUUUACAUUGUAACAGUUGAGGGGAAUAAACUUUUAGUUGCAAAGCAACUAGUACUGUAUAUCACCUCAAAUAACCUUUCUGUGAUCAGGAUAUUUGUGGAGACUUGAAAUUAGCUCUCCACUUUUUAUUGCAGCUGUGAGAGAAUCUAAAAUGUGAAGGCAUAUUUAACUCCUGAUGCAGUCUCUCUUGAGCAACAGGUUUAGUGUGACUUUGGAAAGCAAGUAUUCUUGCAUAGCAAACCCCCCCCCCCCUCACCCACCCACCCUUUGCAUCAUGUAAUGGUUGGAGUGUUCAGUCUGUAAAUUGUACAUUCUAGGUUUUGUUGUCUUCAAGUAGUAGGACAGGGUUGACUUCCCUCUCAGCUUGAAUUAGAGUUUAAAUUGUUGCAUUCAAAUAAAGAUGACUGUAACAAUUCUAUCCAUUUAAGUUAUUCAGGUGGAGCCAACUGGCUCCAUCUUCUCUCCAUAUGCUUGAAUCAAUAUGUAAGAGAUUUAAAAUAAAAGUCAAGUGUAUAUAAGUGUGUGUAUAUGAAUGUUAACCAAUACCGUUACCCAGGUCUGUUUCUGAAAUCAGAAGAAAAAAAAUAUUUGUGCUAUGGAAACAUGAAUAAAAGCCUCCAUGACUUUU